AUGAACAAUCGAAUCGAAAAUCCUUUUUGGAAAUUUACAAAAUUAUUUACAGAGAAAGGUCGUAAAAUGCGCGAAAUGUGCGAUUAUUUAUCAACUUUUGCUUAUGAUAUAAUUAAGAAACAUAGGAGUAAUCCGGAAGCAUCAAAAGACCACAGAGAUAUCCUUAAUAUAUUUAUGAACGCUCAACAUGAUAACGAAGAAAAAUUGACCGAUAAGGAAUUAAGAGAUAUUAUAUUAAAUUUUAUCAUUGCUGGACGUGACACAACUGCACAAGUAGUAAUACUUUGGCGCAUGCUUCUUUAA